GCCGCCCACCAUCAGCCAGCGGUUCGAGUUGCUGGACACCAAGAUCAGUCAGUAACAGCAGACCGACCACAGCCACAACAACAGUUCGGCGAGGCCAUACAAGAUGCCGACGUUCCGGAUCGAGAAAUUUGAUGACUACACACAUCAAGACCCGGACGUCUGGUGGCAAGGAUUUACAACGGAGUUGGGGAUUCACGAGAUCCCUUACCAUCUGUUCAUCAGUGCUCUGUUCAUCAACACCAAGGGAGGAUGUCAGAUCUGGCUCAGCCACAUGGCAACCAUCCACGGCAUCCAGGUUUCAGACCUGUACAAGAAGGUCUCAUGGGAAGAUAUGACAAAGGAAUGGAAGAAGCGGUUCAUCGUCGACGACGCCCCGGCACUCUCCAUCAACCGCAUCUUCACGAUGGCUCAAGGGAGCACACCGACACGUGACUGGCUCACGAAUUGGCAGAAGAUCGUGGCAACGCCCGAUUUGGACUUGCCGUUUCCGCAUAUGCGGCGUGAGUUCUACAACAGGUCAUGCGCCGCUCUCAGCCUCGCACUUGGUAAUCGCGAGCAGUACAACACUUUCGCAGAGAUCAUCAACAAAGCGAGAGAGAUCAUCAAGACCAACAGGGCAGCUGCACACGAGAAGUCAACGUGGCAGCCAACCUAUGUAGAGAAGUACCAAGCACAAGACCUCUCUUUGCCAGGAUCAGGCCAAGGAGGAUGUGCGACCUCGGCUCAACUCGAAAAACUGAGUUUCGCGGGAGGUGAGGCGACUCCACCCCCCACUCCGCCAGAUUCGGCCGCCUUGCUAGCGGCCUCCUACACAUCUGGGGAGGAUGCGAAUGUCGCAAGUCCUCGGUACACUUACGAGGAUUAUGCUGUCCACUUGGUUCCACCGCUGGACCAACCGCUCCACGUGCAACAAUCUACCGCAUGCACGGUUUCAUCACCAUCGGCAACCGAUUCGGCAGCUUCGCCGUCAUCUACCGCCGGGGAUUCAACGACAUGGUCAAGUCUUGAAAAACUCGACCCGUUGACUUUUGAGGACUUCCAAUGGAUGCCCAUGCCCCGAUCCGGUCGCUUGCCAAAACCGCAUUGCAACGUGCUCAAGGCACAAUUGCGAGAUUACUUGCACACUGCAGUACCGACUCCGUUGAUGGACGCCGGAGUAGAGGUUGUCGACCUUCACGCGUACAUUGCAAAGAUCGACCGCGAGUUCAAUACGCAACGCCGGAGUUUGGAGGAGCAAGUGGAACAUCUGCGCACCGUUUUGGAGCGGCUACGUCAAGCCAAGUACAAAGCCAACCGCGACAAGUGCGAAUUCGCGCGGCAGGAGAUGGAGUACUUGGGACACUAUGUGACGCCGAAAGGCAUCCGUCCGCUUGCGGACAAGAUCGAGGCCCUACGAGUAUGGCCCGAGCCCACCAACACCACAGACGUUCGUUCAUUUAAGGGGUUGGCGGGCUACUAUCAGCGAUUCAUCAGUGGAUACUCCAGGAUUGCUGCACCUAUGACGAGGUUACAGUCGCCAAAGGUGCCAUUAGUAUUCGAUGACGACGCACGCCAGUCAUUCCAAGCACUUAAGACGGCUAUGCUUAUGACACCCGUCCUUAGCAUAUAUGACCCCACAGUGCCGACGAGAGUGACUUCAGACGCUUCCGGCUAUGGCAUUGGGGCAGUCUUGGAACAGCACGACGACGACGAUUGGCACCCUGUGGAGUAUUUCAGCCACAAAGUGCCUCCCAUCAACUCGCUUGAUGAUGCAAGGAAGGAGCUGCUCGCAUUCGUCAUGGCUCUCAAGCGAUGGCGGCACUUCCUCCUUGGGCGUCGUAGGUUCACAUGCGUUACGGACAACAAUCCAUUGACCUACUACAAGACCCAGGAUACGGUGAGCAGCACGAUCGGACGAUGGAUGUACUUCAUCGACCAGUUUGACUUCACACCGAAACAUCUUCCCGGCCUCUCCAAUCGCGCAGUAGAUGCACUGUCGCGAAGACCAGAUCUUUGCGCUAUGACACAUCAUGCCUUCGCAUUCAAUGAGGAACUUCAGCGACACUUCAUCCGGGCAUAUGAGUCUGAUCCGGACUUCGCCACGCUUUAUGCACAACUAUCUUCGGAUCACCCGCCGGCCAACCACUAUUGCAUUGUCGACGGGUACUUGCUCCUCCACUCGAGAGGCAAGGACUUACUAUGUGUCCCACGCGACCGCCGUCUUCGGACCCGCCUCCUCGAAGACAUAGUCAGCGACCGCGACACUCGUUUCAUGUCAACAUUUUGGACUGCGCUCAUGCAGGAGUCCGGCACGACGAUGAAACCAAGUUCGGCUCGGCAUCCACAGACAGACAGGCAGACGGAGCGGGCACAUCAAACCGCUCAAAUGAUGCUUCGUAUGCUCAUCCGUCCGGACCAGAAAGAUUGGGUUGACCGCUUCCUGGAAUUCGAGUUCGCCUACAACACUUCGGUGCAUCCGGCGAUCGGCAUGACUCCAUUCGAGUUGCACCACAGUGGACGGAAAGACCGGAUCUUCGUCGACCUUCUCCUCCCUCGACCAGCCUACAUUGACACUGCCUGCUCUCCUGCUUCCGUCCGGAAGUACAGGGAAUUGUUGACUCAAGCCCGCACGAACAUGCAAAAGGCUCAAGUCCGCAUGCAGCAGCAAGCCAACAGGCGUCACGUACCAUGUCCCAUCCGCGCCGGUGAUCUGGUUUGGGUCUCCAAGGAAGAGUUUGCACUGGAACAGGAUGUUUCACGCAAACUGCUUCCCAAGUGGUUUGGACCUUGGUUUGUGACAGCAGCCGUGGGCGAUGAGCCCGAUGGCCCUUCAUUUCUCGCUUUCAUCGAGACUGAGGAACAAUGCCAGCUGGCAGCCGCGGCUGCCCAGCUACAGGCUGAAAAAGCGGCAACAGCAAAGAAAUUGCGGGUACAGGCCGAAGCAGACGCAGAUGCCCAGGCUCGCCGCAAGGAAGCCCAGGAUCUGCUGCAGCGGCAUGAAGCCAACAUCAUCAACAGACUCAAGUUCUGGCACUUUGAACCGAACGGCGACGAGGCAACACCGAAAGAGCAGCAUAAGGAGUUCAUGGCCAAGCUCGUGACCAGGUUGGUUUACACUUGUAACCACCUAUCGUCCGAGCUGGCGAACCUCCAGCGGGCCGUGCGGAACCAUAAGACUCAGCACGAGGAUGCCACACGGGCACUGGACGCCCGUGUCCAGGACUUGGAACAAGUUCCACCAGGCCCAGAUGCUGGGGCUUCCAGCAGUGCAUCCUCUAGCCGCCAACUGGAGGAACGCGUUGACCACGUAGUGGCAAUGCUAAGAGACAUAAGUGCCUUCACAGAGUCGGCCACCAUCAGCCAGCGGUUCGAGUUGCUGGACACCAAGAUCAGUCAGCAACAGCAGACCGACCACAGCCACAACAACAGCUCGGCGAGGCCAUACAAGAUGCUGACGUUCAGGAUCGAGAAAUUUGAUGACUACACACAUCAAGACCCGGUCGUCUAGUGACAAGGAUUUACAACGGAGUUGGGGAUUCACGAGGUCCCUUACCAUCUGUUCAUCAGUGCUCUGUUCAUCAACACCAAGGGAGGAUGUCAGAUCUGGCUCAGCCACAUGGCAACCAUCCACGGCAUCCAG